AUGAAAACCAGUUCACUUCUGCCGUUGCUGGUCUUCAUGGGGACGUGCUCAGCUAACCACUACGAAAAUGUGGCCUUGCGUGGCACAGCAACUCAGUCACAGCGCUUGAGGGGAAAGAACGAUGUUUUUGGGGCUGCUUAUAACGCCAUUGAUGGAAACCGUGACGCUCGUUUUACCUCUGGUUCAUGCACCCACACUGCUCAAAUGACCAACCCCUGGUGGAGGGUGGACAUGCUGAACCCCUACAUGGUCACCACUAUCAUCAUCACCAACAGAGGAGACUGCUGUGCAAACAGAAUCAAUGGGGCAGAGGUUUAUGUCACAAAGACGUUGCAUUCCAUCAGUUACUCAGCUUACGAAAGUCACAGUAUACCAGCGGUCGCUGUAAUUUCUCAUAUCCCAGCAGGCAGGCCUCAUAUAAUAAACCUUAAAAAUCCUGUGGAGGGACGUUUUGUGACUGUGUCUUUACCUGGUUAUGGGAGGAUCCUCUCACUCUGUGAAGUGGAAGUAUAUGGGUAUCCUGCUCCGACUGGAUUCAACCUGGCAGUCCUUGGAAAAGCCUCACAGUCAUCAUUGUAUUCAUAUCAAUGCGAUGCAUAUCAUGCUAUAGAUGGGCAUCACAGCACCACAUGGGCAGAGGGCAGUUGUUCUUGUACAAAAUCGUCACAUAGUCCCUGGUGGCAACUCGACCUCGGCAAAACCCAUAAAGUGAACACUGUCAAGAUAACCAACACAAAAACAUACCCAACAUACCUUGAUGGAGCUGAGAUCCGCAUCGGAAAGUCUUCUGCAAAAACUGGCACCAACAAUCCUCGGUGUACUGUGAUCAGUCACAUCCCUGCGGGUUUUACACAGACGUUCGACUGUAAGGGGAUGGAUGGUCGCUACGUUACAAUAGUUGCUCCUGGAAAAACUAUAUAUCUGACCCUGUGUGAGGUGGAGGUGUAUGGCUCUGUAUUGGAUUAGAUCUGGUGAGGUAAAAAAUGACUAACAAUGCCAAUUUACA